GCUUAUAUAAGACUAGCCAAAGAAAUAUAGAACCUGAGCUUCUGAGAAUUAUUCUCAUGAAUAAUUCUUUGGACGAAGUUGUAUCAAAUGCUAAAAAUAAUAUCAGAUUAUCCGAUUCUCUAACAAUAUUAAAAGAAAGAGUAUCAGGUGGUAGCAUAGAUAUUUUAGAUGAAUUUAAAACACAAAAUCUUCUUCAAUUUUAUAAUUUAAGAAAUGUUAUUAAUCAGAGAGAAGCUUUUGGCUUCAAACCAUUUCCUGCUUGCUAUAUCAAAUUCUCAAGAAUUCUAGCAAGAUUUCUUGCUUCAGAAGAUGAAUCAAUAGAUUCAUAUCCUG